AUGGCUUCCAACGACGAGUGGGGCAACGGUGGUCACGGUCCUGCUGAUGACCUGGGCGACGCGGCUGCCCGGUAUGGCGGCCAUGGUGGUGGUGAUGGCGGUGACGGCGGUGACCGCACCUGCAACAAUUGUGGCGAGCCCGGUCAUAUGCGCCGUGAAUGUCCCUCUCUUCCUCCCAUGGUUUGCAUCUUCUGCAACGAGGAGGGACACAUGCGCCGUGAUUGCCCUAACAAGCCCGCAGAAGUCUGUCGCAACUGCCAGCAGGAAGGUCACCUCGUGUCCGAGUGCAACAAUCCUCGCAAGAUCGACUACAGUGGCGUCGAGGAUGUCACCUCUGAUGAGGCCUGGACGGCCAUGCAAGAUGCAGUCGAAGAGCGCGAUGUCUUCGAUUUCAAGGAAGAGCUACGCAAGUACAUGAAGCAUCACCCUGAAACCACUUACUUGGAUCUCGAGGAAGCGUUUCGCGCCCAGGACAUGAAUGUCUACUGCAUCGCCACCAAGCGCGAGCAUCUCCUCGACACCAUGACCAAUAUGGACCUUCAGGGCAACCUCGGAAAGGAGUACACUGUCUCGUUCCGCUUCUCGCCAAAGCCUGAGCGCGAGCGUGAACGUGAGACCUGGCCCAAGGACAAGGAGGAAAACCUGGAGCGCCUCACCAACGCCGGCGAACCCGCCCCUACUGGCAAGCCUCGCUGCACCAACUGCAAGGAGUUGGGCCACAUCUCAAAGAACUGCACGGCUGACCGACAGGAGAUCGAAAAAGUCAGCAUUCGCUGCUACAACUGUGAUGAAGACGGUCAUCGCGUCCGAGACUGUCCGGUCCCUCGCAAAGACAAGUUCGCUUGCAAGAAUUGCAAUCAGCCUGGCCACAAGGCAGCUGACUGCACCGAGCCUCGCAAUGCUGAUGGCGUUGAGUGCAACAAGUGCCAUGAGAUGGGCCACUUUUCGCGUGAUUGUCCUCAAGGCGGCAGUCGUACUUGCCGCAACUGCGAUCAGGAGGGCCAUAUUGCCAAGGAAUGCCCCGAGCCUCGCCGCAUGCAGUGCCGUAACUGCGACGAGUAUGGCCACACAGGCCGCGAGUGCCCCAAGCCCCAGGACAGUAAGUCCAAACUCUCGGUUCCAUUCCUUUGCCCCUUUGCUAACCGGUCAGUCUCUCGCGUCAAGUGCCUCAACUGCGGUGAGAUGGGCCACAAAAAGUACAAUUGCACCAACCCCCAUGUCGAUGAGGAUGCCCAGGGCCACAAUGCUAGCGGCGGCGGCGGCGACCUGCCCGCUUCCAACGACUUUGGCGGCUCUGGCGGGUUUGACGACAAAGCUAGUGCCGAUCAAGGUCUAAUGUGGCAGACUGCCACUGCUGGUGGCGGUGGUAACGACUGGUGA